AUGGAAUCCGCCUUUGACGUGUGUGCCGGAGGCAUCUCCCAACUGUCCGAGAUCACUCUCGACAAAAUCAGCAGGAAGAUCACCGCCGCCGACAUCAAGAACAAGCGUACGCAUAUCGUCUGCACCAUGGGACCCUCCGUCAAAACCGCUGAAACCGUGGUCGCCCUCAUCGACGCCGGCCUGAACGUCUGCCGCUUCAACUUCUCGCACGGCGACCACCAGUCGCAGAAGGAGAUGCUCAUGAAGGUCCAGAGCGCCAUGGAGCAGCGCCCGCACGCCAACGUGGGACUCAUGCUCGACACCAAGGGACCUGAGAUCAGGACCGGUUUCCUCAAGGAGCACAAGGCCAUCAACCUCGUGCACGGCCAGUCCCUCAAGAUCACCACCGACUACACCUACGAGGGCGACAGCGAGUGCAUCGCGUGCUCCUACCCCAAGCUGACGGAGUCCGUCCAGGUCGGCAGCAGGAUCCUCAUCGCCGACGGCAGCCUCACCUGCGAGGUCAUGGAGAAGUUCAGCGACCACAUCGUCGUCAAGGUACUCAACAACGCCACCAUCGGCGAGAAGAAGAACAUGAACCUCCCCGGCGUGAAGGUCGACCUCCCCGUCCUCGGCGAGAAGGACAUCAACGACAUCCAGCAGUUCGCCGUGCCCAACAACUUCGACUUCAUCGCGCUCUCCUUCGCGCAGUCCGCUGACGACAUCAGGGAGUGCAGGCGCGUGCUGGGCGAGGCCGGCAAGCACAUCAAGGUCAUCCCCAAGAUCGAGAACAUGGAGGGCCUGCGCAACUUCGACGCCAUCCUCGCCGAGGCCGACGGUGUCAUGAUCGCCAGGGGCGACCUCGGUAUGGAGAUCCCGGUCGAGAAGGUCUGCAUCGCGCAGAAGUACAUGAUCAAGAAGUGCAACGAGGCCUCCAAGCCGGUCAUCACCGCCACGCAGAUGCUCGAGUCCAUGAUCAACAACCCCAGGCCGACCAGGGCCGAGUCCUCCGACGUCGUCAACGCCGUUUUGGACGGCACCGACUGCGUCAUGCUGUCCGGCGAGUCCGCGGGCGGCAAGUACCCCGUGGACUGUGUCGAGAUCAUGGCCAAGCUCUGCUUCGAGGCCGAGAACUGCAUCGCCAACCGCAAGCACUUCGCCAACGCCAUUGCCGCGACCAACAAGAACCUCUCCAAGGAGCAGGCGCUCGCACGCGCCGCCGCGCUGGUCGCCAUGGAGAUCAACGCCGCCGCCAUCCUCAGCUUCUCCGCUGACGGCAGCCUGACGCACUACAUCUCCGGCUGCAAGCCCACCUGCCCCGUGGUCUCCUUCUCCACCGAGCAGCACGUCACCAAGUACAUGAGCGUCUGCCGCAACCUCAUGGCCAAGAGGCUGCCCGCGUACGGCAACCAGGAGAGCGACAUCAACGCCGCCAUCGCUUCGGCCAAGGAGAUGGGCGUCGUCGAGCAGGGCGCCAUGGUCGUCGUCGCCUACGCCACCGGCUCAGGCGCCCAGGCCGCCGACAACUUCGUGCGCGUCGUCUCGGCUUGA